AUGAGUACACCCAUUUACAACGAGAAAAUAGUUCUCACUAAGGAGUCAAUAGGAAAAUACUUCAAGACAAGAUGGUCGACGCUAUUUGAUAUUCCGUUGAAGCAUUCAGACAAAACCGCAUGGGAAAUCUUAAACCCUAUUCCAGGGUUAAGACAAAUGACUUCAACCGAUUGGAACUUUUACCUUUUAGGUUUCUUUGGUUGGACUGUCGAUGCUCUUGAUUUUUUUUGUGUUUCUGUAUCUGCUCCGGAAAUUGCAAAGAGCUUGGGUGUUAGCAUCACUGAUAUUACUUGGGGUGUGACAUUGGUGCUUAUGUUGAGAUCUGUUGGAGCUUUAAUCUUUGGUUUGAGUGCUGAUUACUUUGGUAGAAAAUGGUGCUUUAUCUUGAUUUGUUUCUUGUUUGUUGUUGUUGAAUUAGGUACUGGGUUUGUUCAAACAUACCAACAAUUCUUAGGUGUUCGGGCGUUGUUUGGUGUACUCAUGGGGGCCUUCUACCCUAUUGCUUCAGUUACUGCUUUAGAAGACCAACCUAUGAAAGCCAGAUCCAUUUUGUCUGGGUUUUUCUUGCCUGGAUACAACUUGGGCUAUUUGCUUGCCACUGUUUUCUAUAGAGGUUUCCAAUUCACUUACAAGGAAGGUGAAGGAUGGAGAUCAUUGUUUUGGUUCUCUGCAGGGUUACCUGUAAUCUUGAUAGCAUGGAGAAUGUGUUUCCCAGAAUCACCAUCCUUCCAAAAGUUGAAGGCAAGAAGAGCAAAGUUGAGAGAUGAAAGAAUGGCAAAGCACACAGAAUCAACAGGAUCUAAACCAAGUUUGUGGACCAGAAUAAAGUCAAAUGACUUGCUUGAAACAAUUAGAACUGAUUGGCUUUUACUUAUUUUCCUUGUGCUCUUAAUGUCUGGCUUCAACUUUAUGUCUCACGGUUCCCAAGAUCUUUACCCUACCUUAUUGGUUAAACAACACAACGCUUCACCAAACCAAAAGACUAUUAUCAUGGUUGUUGUUAAUAUUGGGGCCAUCUGUGGUGGUAUUUUCUUUGGGAACUUAACAGAAUUAUUGGGUAGACGUUUGACCAUUAUGAUUUGUUGCUUGUUUAGUUCUGCCUUCUUGUAUCCUUCCUUCUUCAGCAACACUCUUUCUGGUAUUAUCGGUGGUUACUUCUUCCUUAACUUUGGUGUUAUGGGUGCAUGGGGUGUGGCUCCAUUGCAUUUAAUGGAAUUGGUUAAUACUGCCCAUAGAGCCUUCCUUUCUGGUAUUGUCUAUCAAUUGGGUAACCUAGCUUCAUCAGCUUCGAUCACCAUUGAAGCUCGGAUUGCAGAAAGAUUCCCUCUUAAGAACAAGCCAGCUGGUACCUAUGACUACGGGAAAGUCAUGUGUAUCUUUUGUGCUGCUGUGUUUGCUUACAUGUUGGUUGCUGUAUUCUUAGGACCAGAGAAAUUCCAUAAAGAGUUGUCCUUGAAACACGACUACACUGAUGAUGAAGACAUGGAUGGCCAAGCUUAUAUUGAAGCUAGCAAGUCCUUCGAUGACGAAAAGAAACUUGAUGUCAGUUACAUUGAAAACCCUGCUCGUUAA